AUGCUCGCCGCCGUCCCAAGUACCGGCAGAACCAUGAAGCUCCUUCUCGAGCCACUGUGCUCCUCAUCAGCCACCUGCUACUUCGACGAUUCGUGCUGCUCCGAACCGAACUCACCGGAUUCUGGAUUCUCAUCAGAUGAUAGUAUUGCAUCCGACGUCUCAUUCACCGAAAGACUCACUCGAUCGAAAACCCUCCCAUCGGCUCUCCGCAGAAGCCGAUCAAAGCAAAGUGUGAAACGUGUCCGAUUCGCGGAUUCACUUGGAUUGGAUUUGGAGAAUCUUCAAUAUUUCGUCAAGGAAGACCUCUCCUCAUCUCCACAACAAUUCUCCAUCCACUUCUCCUCGAUUCCCUCUUCCUCAUCUCCACCACAACUUCCCGCAUUCACGAAGACACUCAUCAAUCAGCCAGCUCCUCGUCUUGUUCUCCACAACUUUCCAUACCGAUCAGAGCACGAAUACAAUCUGAAGACCAGAGAAUCAAAAGUGUGUGUCUCGGCUCUUCGUGCCUCCGGAAGCAGCAUCGUUGGACAAGUCAACCUUCUGAAUGUCGCCUUCGACAAGGUUGUGGUGGUACGGUAUACGACGAAUGGAUGGGAGACACAGGAUCAGAUUAUCGCCAGCUACAGUCACCGAUUGUUCGCCACAGAAGACAUUGACGCCUUCAACUUCACCAUCGCAAUUCCAGUCAAACUUACGGAAGGAAAGUGCGAAUUCUGUGUGCAAUACCAAGUGGCUGGCGAGGAAUUCUGGGACAACAACGAAGGACAAAACUAUGUUGUCAACGUUUCCCUCAAAGCGGCCUCCCCAUUCUCCCAACGAUACGGCACGGUGCCCCAUGAGAAUCGCUCGAUGGUGCCACGUGGAUCGUCGACUCGCCGUCAGCAGCAACGUCGUUGGGGACGAUCACUGGAGGAAUCGGAUGAGGAAAAAGAGAUGGCAUAUGUGCCAUCAAGAAGAUUGAAUUUCCAUUGA